AUGCUGUAUUUGGAGGAGCAUCGAGAAGUCGGAAACUGCACCGAAAAGGCUUUGCAUCUUGCCGAACAGCACAGACAAUACACCGAAGGAGCUAUGGAAGAAGUCGAGGCGUCGAGAAACCUCAAAAAAGCUGGAGAGGAUCUCAUCAGCUCAAACGAGGCUGAGCUCUCUGGAAGUCUGGAGCCAAAGUGUGAAGAGUUGGAGAGGAUGGCAGCGGCGUUGACAUCCGCAUUGGAGCGACGAGGCGAUUGUCUGAAGCGUAGUGCUACGAUGCAUGAGCAAAUUGCACAGGUUUGUAGAUGGGGGUUGGAUAGUACGAAACAUAUUUUUCAGGCAAAUGCGUGGUGCACCCGUGGAGCUGACUUAUUAGCGUCUGGAAUGUCCGAUUUCACCAAUCCAAAUCCAGGAACAUCUUUGUCAGCGCUCGAUGAGUUUAUUGAGGAAGGAAAUCAUUUGAAUAUUGAAUUCCUGAAAGACACCACAUCCCCAAUGAAUCAACUCCUGCUUCUCACAACCAUUGAAACAUCGACUUUGCUGAACUUGAUCGAAGAACGCAUUGGAGAUAUUCGGCGAAUGUCGCUGGCGAAACGUGACCAACUCAACAAACUACACCUACAAAAACCGCCACCGGUACAGAUUGUCACGCCGGAGAAGAAAAGCAAAAAGAAUAGCAAGACAGAGCACGACUCCAAGGAUGUUCCAAGCUGCUCAGGAGACUCAACACCGGCCGGUGGACUUAGUCCAAGACGUGACACCCGUGAAGUAACCAAUGCUUAUGAUGAGAUGAUUGCCACUGAAAUUAGCUACGUCGCCGAUCUCAAAGAGGUCAUAAUUCACUACUUGGAACCGUUCGAGGCUGUCGAGAACCAAGCAAGUCUGCCAGAUUCGCUUCGAGGCAAGCCAGACUGUCUCUUUGGCAACGUUCGUGAGCUCUACAAAUUCCAUCAUCGAGUAGUUUUGGAGGAUUUGGUAGCCGCGAGAUCAACAGCAGAGAUGUGCAGAGUUUUGAUGCAGCAUCGAAAUCAGAUCUAUCUCACAUACCGCACCUACUGCCAAAUUCACGGAUCCAACCAGAAAGUCCGAGACUCUGUUAAGAACCAUCCAUUCUUCAAAGACUGCCAACGAAAAGCCAAUCACAACAUGGAUAUGAGUUCCUACCUCCUCAAGCCAAUCCAACGCAUCAUGAAGUACCAACUUCUUCUUGGAAACAUUAUGGAUGACUGCCCAGCAGAUGUGCGAGACGAAGUGGCAAAGACUCGCGACAGUAUGGUAGAGCUCCUCAACCAAAUCGACGCCUCCAUGCAACAACUACACAUUUCUGGAUACAAUGGUGACUUGAAGUCGCUCGGUCUCCUUCGUCUUCAAACCGAAUGCGAUGUGUACACCUACAACCGUAAGAAGAAGGCCAAGUUGUCACGUGCGCAGAAGAGAUUCCUUUUCUUCUUCGACGGAGCUGUCAUGUUCUGCAAGAAGCGAGUUAGCAAUCCAGCAUCUACUUUGAACUCGGAACCAGAGUAUUUCGAGCACAAGUUUUGCAUUCCGAUCAUCUCGCUUGGAUACGACACAUCAUCUCGCAGCAGCUCCAACCGCUUUGAAGUUUGGGAUGAAGCCAAGACUGACGCAUACGUCAUUGAAACCAUCGACCCAACCGCCCGUAGCAAAUGGAUCCAACGCCUUGGAAAAAGCGAAUCGUCGCAGGAUGCUUGGCUAGAGAACAGACAGCGGCCAAAGAGCUGGGCAAGCACUGUGUCCAACGAGAGCUCUUGCUCGUCGAGCACACGCGAAUCAGAUAGUGCUGAUAGUGCGAUGGAUACCAAUGGCAACACGCAGACCACGCAAGUCAACGUGCCAUAUUCGCCAACGAUGGAUAGUCAGCUUGAUUUAACUAUGGAUACCACACCACUUCGAACAGCCGAAAUCAACAACGAGGUGGAGCUUGUCGACAGCUGCUAA